AUGGGACGUAGAUUGAAAGGGCCUGGAUUUAUCGCAAUGUCACCAGAAUGCAGAAUACAAAUAAAGGUGUGAGAGUUUUUCAGAUUUGUUUGCAGGUCCAAACCAUAACGAUAGUUGGUCGACAAGUUUAGCUUUCUUAAUUUGACAUCUCGUGUAGAAACCCAGAUGCAGCAUUGUUGCUCAGGAAGGAUUGCGAGAUUUUAACUAAUGUGGAAAAUGUCUUUUGCUGGUUUUGGAGUGCUUUUGUUGGUUUUAACAAGUGCAAAGUUAUUUGUUAUUGUUCCAUGCAUAAAUUAAAUUAGCAUUUUGGGGAAUUUUGGCAUUUUCUAUGGACAUGUUGUUUAUUUUAUCAUGCUAUAUUAAAGGAUAGUCCAAACUUUUGUAUUCUGGCUGAUCUGUGUGUAUUUUCAAACAUUUGGUAAAGAUUUCAAUGGAAUCUGAUUUGGGGAAACCAUGAAUAUGCUGCUUUCUUCGACGCCUUUCGGCGAGCUGUUUACAUUGGAUUGAGGACAACGAAAUGUCGAAAACAGGGUUUUUACGUCUGUUUACGUUUCUUUACACAAAACAACAUUUCAAAAGGAUCAUGUUUAAAAACAAGACAACAUAACUGUCGGGAAAGAAGAAAGACGUCCAGGUGCGAGAGUGUAACCUGAUACAAAUGUCAAUCUCACCUUUAUAUGACAAACUGCUACAGCUGCUAGCACUGCUACAGCUGCUACAAUUGCUACAACUGCUACAGCUGCCACAACUGCUACCACUGCUACAACUGCUACCACUACUACAACUAGCUGCUACCACUGCUACAACUGCUGCUACAGCUGCUUCAGCUGCUACCACUGCUACAGCUGCUGCCACUGAUACCACUGCUACCACUGCUGCCACUGCUGUCACUGCUACAAUUGUUACAACUGCUACAACUACUACAACUGCUACAACUGCUACAACUACUACCAUUGCUACAACUGCUACAACUGCUGCCACUGCUAUAACUUCUACCACUGCUACAGCGCUACUGCUACCACUGCUAUAA